AUGGAGGCCGCCUCGCUGCUGUCCUCGCUGAGCGACGAGGCCGGGCCCGCCGCCGGCCGCCUCGAGCCGCACUACCGGGAGAGCUACCGCGUGGCCGUGGACGCGCUCGUGGAGCGCGGCGCCGCCGCCUACCGGGACUGCCUGGCGCAGGAGCGCCUGCCCGACUUCCUGGCCGAGGAGGAGGUGGAGUACAUCCUGCGCCACGUGCAGCGGCCGGCCGCGGGCCCCGACGGCGGCGGCCCCGACGGCCCCGACGGCGACGACGACGCCUCCUCCGGGACCUACUGGCCGCUGGAGUCCGACGUGGAGGCGCCCGACCUGGACCUGGGCUGGCCCUACGUGCUGCCCGGGCUCCUGGGGGGCACGCAGGUGGAGCUGCUGUUCCACCCGCCCCGGGCGCACCCGCUCACCGUCAAGGAAACCGUGCGCAAGAUGAUCAAGGACGCCAGGAAGGUCAUUGCUCUGGUGAUGGACAUAUUCACGGAUGUGGACAUCUUCAAGGAAAUAGUGGAGGCGUCCACGCGAGGAGUAUCCGUGUACAUUUUACUCGACGAGUCCAACUUUGGUCAUUUUCUAAAGAUGACUGAGCGGCAGGGCUGUCAAGUUCAACGUCUCCGGAAUAUUCGAGUACGGACAGUAAAAGGCCAAGAUUACCUUUCAAAAACUGGAGCAAAAUUCCAUGGAAAACUGGAGCAGAAAUUUCUGUUAGUCGACUGCCAGAAAGUGUUGUAUGGUUCUUACAGCUACAUGUGGUCCUUCGAGAAGGCGCACGUGAGCAUGGCGCAGCUCAUCUCGGGGCAGCUGGUGGAGAGCUUCGACGAGGAGUUCCGGACGCUGUACGCGCGCUCCUGCGUGCCGCGCGCGCUGGCGCCCGAGGCUCCGGCCCGGGCGCGGCCGGGCGCGGGCCGGGCGCGCUGGGAGAACGGGCUGGGCCCGCGCUCCGGCGUCUCCUCCCUGGCCUCGCUCUCCAGCCGGCCGGCCGGGGCCCCGCGCGCCGACCCCGGGCUGCUCCCGCCCCGCGGCCUCCUCGCCCGGCACGAGCGGGACCGGUACAGCGUGGGGACGCUCGGCUACCAGCCCCACCUGGCGCCGCUGGGGAACGGGCCGCACGCCCCGCGCGCCUUCCCGCCCGGCCCGCCCGACGGGCACCGGAAGCGGCACAGCUACGCCGGGGAGCCCACGGAGGCGGCCCCGUUCCCGCCGCCCCCGGGCCGCGCGCCGCCCCGCCCCGGGCCCCCGCCCGGCCCCUGGGCGCGGCCGGCCGACGCCCUCAGCCUGAGCGCCGCGUCCUCCAGCCGGGGCGGCGCCCCCAGCCUGGGCCGGGCCGAGCGGCGGGCGGAGCGGGGCGCGCCGGCGCGCCGGUCCUUCCACGGCACCGACAGCCACGUGCGGCGGCUGCAGCAGCGCAUGCCCACGCUGGAGCGCACCACCCGCUCCUUCCUGCGCACCUGGCGGCUCGAGUCCUACCUCAACGACCGCGCCGACGCCGCCGCGCCCGCGCCCGACGCCGCCGCGCCCGCCGCGCUGCUCGCCCACUCCCGGCUGCGCGCCUCCUUCGUGUUCAAGCCCACGCUGCCCGAGCAGCGGGAGGGGAACAGCGGCGCCACCGGCUCCUCCAACUCCACCGUCGUCGGCUCCCAGGGCGGCGCCGCCCCCGCCGAGCCGCCCGCCCCGCCCGCCCCGCCCCCGACGCCCCCGGCGCCCCCCGGCGCCCACGGCCCCGCGGCGGAGCCCGCGCCCCGCGCCGCCAGCCCCGCGCCGGCCGAGCAGCUGCUGAAGCGGCGCAGCUUCCCGUCGUUCGAGCUGGCGCGGGCCGGCGUGGAGCCCGGCGGGUACGGCACGCUCACCCGCGCCCGCGCCCGCGCCCGCGCCCCCGAGCCGCCCCGCGCGGAGCCGCUCAAGGGCGCCCGCAGCCUGCACGACGUCGCCCGCGGCCCCGAGGAGGCCCCGGCCCCGGGCGAGGCGGGCGAGGCGGGCGCGCGCGGGCCGCCGCCGCCCGGCCGCGCCGCCGCCACCAAGGCCAUCUCCAUCGCCGCCCUGCUGGACGCCCACCGCGAGGAGCCGCCGGGCGGCGAGCCGAGCCCGCGGAGGGAGGGCCGCGGCUCCCCGAGCUUCCUCAAGAAGGGCUCGCAGAAGCUCCGGUCCCUGCUGAGCCUCACGCCCGAGCGGAGGGACGGCCUGGCGCGCAGCAAGGCGCCCGCCUUCUACCGCCUGUGCGGCAGCUCCGAGUCGCUGGCCUCGGAGGGCGGCGAGGACGCCCGCGCGCCCCGCCGGGCCCCCGCCGCGCCCGCCGCGCCCGCCUCCCCCGCCCCGGGCGGCCGCGAGGACCUGCGCGCCGCCCCCCGCGAGCCGCCGCGCGGCCCCGCCCCGCCCGCGCCGGGCCCCGCCGAGCGCACGCUGCGGGACCGGCCCGGGGACGCCUCGGCGCCCCGCUUCAACACCGAGCAGAUGCAGUUCCGCGACGCCCGGGCGGCGCCCGCGCCCCCCCGGCCCCCGCCGCCCGCGCAGCCCCUGCCCCGCGCCCGGGCCGGCGAGCUCCUGCGCUCCCACUCCGCCCACCAGCGCGUCUACAGCCGCUUCGAGCCCUUCUGCAGGCUGGAGGGCGCCGCCGCGCCGGGGAGCGCGCCCCGGGCCCCGGCCUCCGCCUCCUCCGGGGGCGGCGGCGGCUACGGCCCCGGCCGCGCCAGCCCCCUGCCGGGCUACGCCGCGGGCGCGCGCGGCCUCCACGCCUACCCGCCCGGCGGCGAGAACAAGUUCCGCGGCUUCAUGCACAAGUUCGGGAACCUCAUCCACAAAAGCAAGUGA